UUCCUUCCGUAACAGCGGACCCCGGCGCACGGUUCGGUCGCACACCCAACAUGUCCGCCGGCUAAGUCCACAUUUGCUCGGCAGGAAUGCGGUAGGCGGGGCUGCUAAGCUAGUGUCAAACUUUGGGAAUGACAGGAGUGCUGCAGGAAUCGCAAAGAAGGGGAAGUGUCGCCCUUGUUGGUCCUGUUUGGAUUACUUUGACUUCUUUUUACGCGCAGUCUUUGCAUUCACCGCCUUCCUGCAGAUCGUACGGCCUCAGAUUCCUCAGCCAUGUCGGAGGACCUGAGCUCCCAAACCUGGUCCAUCAACAAAGAUGAUUAUGAGCUACACGAGGUGAUUGGGAGUGGAGCCACGGCGGUGGUCCAGGCCGCCUACUGUAUACCACGAAAAGAGAAGGUGGCUAUCAAACGCAUCAACUUAGAGAAGUGCCAGACCAGUAUGGAUGAACUCCUGAAAGAGAUUCAGGCCAUGAGCCAGUGCCACCACCCCAACAUUGUGUCGUACUACACCUCGUUUGUGGUUAAGGAUGAGCUGUGGCUGGUUAUGAAGUUGCUCAGCGGUGGCUCAGUGCUGGAUGUGAUCAAACAUAUCAUCUCCCGGGGCGAACACAAGACGGGCGUCCUGGACGAGGCCAGCAUCGCCACCGUGUUGAAAGACGUGCUCGAGGGCCUGGAGUACUUACACAAGAACGGACAGAUCCACAGGGAUCUUAAGGCUGGAAACAUUCUCCUGGGAGACGACGGCUCAGUGCAGAUUGCAGACUUUGGUGUUAGUGCCUUUCUAGCCACAGGUGGGGACAUCACCCGAAAUAAAGUGCGCAAGACGUUUGUGGGAACACCAUGUUGGAUGGCCCCAGAGGUUAUGGAGCAGGUGAGGGGCUAUGAUUUCAAAGCAGACAUUUGGAGUUUUGGGAUUACUGGCAUCGAGCUUGCCACAGGGGCUGCACCUUAUCACAAAUACCCACCUAUGAAGGUCUUGAUGCUGACGCUGCAGAAUGACCCUCCAUGCCUGGACACUGGCAUCACAGACAAGGAGAUGGUGAAGAAAUAUGGCAAGUCCUUCAGAAAGAUGAUCUCCCUGUGUCUACAGAAAGAUCCAGAGAAAAGGCCAACAUCCUCAGAGCUGUUGAAGCACAAGUUCUUUCAGAAAGCAAAGAACCACGAAUAUUUACAUGAGAAGUUGCUUCAGAGAGCGCCCACAAUAACAGAAAGGUCUAAAAAGGUACGUCGCGUGCCCGGUUCCAGUGGUCGGCUGCAUAAAACAGAGGACGGCGAAUGGGAGUGGAGUGACGACGAGCUGGACGAAGAAAGCGAAGAGGGCAAGGCGGCUGUUGCUGCCUUAAGGUCACCAAGAGUGAAGGAGGGGUCGCCGAAUUCAGAGGUUUUCCGAACUGCUGAGCCCUUAAGUAGUCACCUCCAGCCGCCGGCCACAGGUCAGACUGAACUACCUCAGGCUGCAGGCCAGGCUCCACUGCAGCCCACACCUGUCAACACUCAACCCUCUGUCCAGGCUGCACCAGCUGCAUCGGCUGUACCUGCAGCACUGGCCGUACCUAGUGCUCCUGUUCCUGUACAGGUUCCCGCAGCCUCGGAGGAAGUUAGGGCUCCCAUUAGUUUGGUAUUAAGGUUAAGAAAUUCAAAGAAGGAGCUAAAUGACAUCCGCUUUGAAUUCAUGCCCGGGAGAGACACAGCAGAUGGUGUGUCCCAGGAGCUGGUAUCAGCAGGACUGGUGGACGGGAGGGACUUAGUAAUAGUUGCUGCAAAUUUGCAGAAAAUAGUUGAUGAACCUCAAGCCAAUAAAAAUGUCACUUUCAAACUGGCUUCUGGAACGGAGGGAACCGAAAUACCAGACGACGUCAAGCUCCAGGGCUUUGCUCAGCUCAGCAUUAGUUAAAGUGUUCAACCUGGGACCGUGACUUGCCUAAAAAUGUGAAAAUUUAAAAAAAUAGUUUAAUGCAUUUUUUUUCAUUCUAUGGCUGUAAAGAAACCACUACUGCCAAAGAAAACAUUUUGUUUGUCGCCCAUCGGAGUUCACAAACGCCGCUUCGUUGCGUUAGGGGUCCUGAAGUAACAGAACGUACACCACGAGAAUCGCUCAACAACGUUUACCGUGUACAUGCAGAAGGAUGCGAGUAUCUACAGACGCUAGUUCCCAUUCUAGUUUCCCUCAGUCUUUUAGUCUUCUCUUUGUUUUCUGAUGCAUUUGCACAAUCUGUACUAAUGCCCUUGAGUCCUGGUAAGUGUAACAAUGCCUUAUAUUCAUCAGAACUACUGAAUGCACGUUUUAUCACAUGGGGCAUUUUGUCGUCUGAGAUGUACACGCGUGGUUGCAGUUGCUAAUGUCAACACUCAAGGAAAGCUCGACUCAAGGCUACUAGGAUAAGACGUGUGACUCGCGGUCAAUGCCAAAUAAUUCCCAACUUGUAACUGUCUACUUUUAUUCUGUGUUUUUCUUAUUGUCAACAAAUGAUGGUGAGAUGUGUCUGGUGGUUUGUUCACAAUAAGAACAAUCAAGAAUCCAAUCAAUCGCCUUUGCUAAACAUCCCAGUAGAAGUCAUAUGUUUAAAAAGGUUGACUGGCAAAUACUCCUCCAUGUUUUGAUUUUACAGUACUGAUCUAAUUUGUAUCUGGAGCUUGUGUAGUGCUCGUCAAAACGUUAAAGUAACCUGGCUUCAAAUAAGAACUGUUGGUCUUUAGACACUAAGCCUCUGCCUUGUUGUAGGUAGAGCGAUGUGGCUCAAUUACUGAAGUGCAGAGUUUUCCAGCAGCUGUAAUGACACAUGUUGUACAAUCAGAUGUGUCUGUCUGUUGGUAUCGGUUUGUAUCCGUUUUGAAAGAAAUUCUGAAAAAAGACUUAAGUGCAUAUUUGUUUAUGUGGGUAAAAGUAAGUACUUGAUUUAACUUCUAGUGUGUAAAUAGUGACGUUUGGCUUUGGUUUGUUUUUUUUUUUAUACUGGGUGUUUCACUGUUGGCCUUCUUUCUGUCCUGAGACACGACUGUGGGGUAACACUGUGUGAAGGAAGGUGAUGACACAGCAACACUGACUCUCCCCCCUUUUACAGGACGUACCGUCAGUUACAGUACUGUAUGUCGUGGAUGAUGUUUUAUUUAUUAGCAGCCUUUUAAAAAAAGAAAAAAAACCUAAAGUUUAAAUUCAUUUUACCGUGUAGCCACAGCCGCCCUGAUGCACUGCACAACGUCUGUCCCAUUUAAAUUUGCCCAAACCAGAUGAAGCAGGUUUGCUUCCACUGACGUUUAAAGUGGACAUCAAGCCCACCGAUUCUCCAGCUGCCUCGGUACGUGUACAGCAUCUUUACAUGGCUAAAAUGAAGAUUUAACAUCCGCUGUUCUGUUAUCAGCACAGAUGUUCCAUCCUUUUAACCGUCAUCUCCAGUUUCCUCAUGUGAAUUUGCGCUGAUGACGAGGUUUGAGGACGACCCACGGUUCAUUAACACCCUGCUCUAAUAUGUAGACCUGAAACAACAGCGAGCUUCUCCCGUUUAAUUUGGUAAUGCCAUCAACCUCCAGAUGCAAUACUCAAUGGAUUUCUUGCUUGCAGAUCAAAUGUUAAGAGGAAAUCUUUGUAUUUUGACUUUGAACAUGUAAGAUUUUACGCUAGCCUUAAAUUGAAAAUGACCAAGUGUGUUUUUUUCUUUUCUUUUUUGUUUUCUGACAUGACAUCAAAGUUUUGAUUCAGAUUCUCAGUAUCUUUGAAAUCUAGUUCUUGUUACAUGUGAAGAUACCUGAAAUAAAAGCAUACAGGUGUGUCCACCCUGUCUUCUCUGUGAAGGGAAGUGACAAAGUCA